AUGCGACAGGGGCCUGGAUGGGUUACCUACAAGGACUUCAUCAUCCCUAAGCUGACUGAGCAGGUUGCUUCUCUAGUUCAAUCCCGUGAUACAAUUGACGUCCUAGAGAUUGGGCCUGGUCCAGAUACCAUCCUUGGAUACCUUCCUAUCAGUCUAAGACAAAAGAUUCGCAAGUACACCACAUUUGAGCCCAUUAUCCAGUUCGCCACAGAGCUUGAGGAAUCGCUGUGCUCUACCUUGGAAUUUGAAAAACCAUUCCCCUGCCUAGACUCUACACCAGUCGUUUGUCGAGAGCCGUUCACCAUAAAAGCCAUCCACAAUGAUGAUGUCAACAAUCCAGGUUUACUGCAGAGUGGCCAGAAGUUUGAUCUUAUUCUUUUCUGCCAUAGCCUGUAUGGCACUGGCAACAACUCCAACCUCAUAACUGCAACCCUGCAGUUACUUGUCAACAGUCAUGGCGGUGCUAAGGUCGUUGCUUUCCAUCGUCAAGGCUCUUCGCACUUUGAUGACUUGGUCUGUCACAAAACAAGCCUCACUUGGGAUGGCUUUGUGGGUGUUUUUGAUGAAGAUGAUACUCUAGAUGCCUUUGCGUUGUUCAUAUCAGGCUAUGGCAUGCAGGGUGAAAAUAUAGAUGCGGUUUUGCGGGCGGAAUGGCGGAAUACUUGCCGAAAUUUGGGCCAUUUCGACCAAAGCAAGCCGGGCUUGAUCCACUUCUAUGUCCCCGAAGUGAUGAUAACCUUCAAAGCAAAUGCGAGUACUGCGCUAUCAGAACUGAUCAAAAAGGUACCCCUUUCAACGAACAAACCAACGAAGAGCCCGCGAGCCCGCCGUUGUCGCCCUGCUGCUAUCCUCACACCAAAGACCUUUGAACAAGUCCAAAUCUGCGUGAAAUGGGCUUUGAAGCAUGGGCUCAGCUUGAACAUUAUUGGUGGAGGUCACAGUGACCAUAGUGUGUGGCCUGGCGUUGUUUCGCUAGAUCUAGCCGCCUUUAACAAUGUACACGCACUCGGACAUGGGGAUAGAGAUGCAGGAUCACCAUACAAGAACUAUUCCAUGGUGGUUGCCCAGGGUGGUUCCAAGACUGGUGAUAUUGUUAGAGAGGCCAUGUCUGCUGGUAUGGCGGUGCCGCUGGGGUCUCGACCAAGUGUAGGUGCAGGCCUUUGGCUACAGGGUGGCCUGGGACACAUGUCUAGGGACAAGGGACUCUCAAGUGACUGGAUCAUUGGUAUCUUGAUGGUCAGUGUGGAGUCUGGGGAGAUCUUCCAUCUUGGCCAUGUGCCAGAGGCUUACCGACCACAAUUCUCCAUGAGACCAGAAAAUCAUGACGAUAUUUUUUGGGCUAUGAAAGGCGCCGGAUCCAGCUUUGGAAUUGUCCUCAGUGUGACGUUCCGCGCAUCCCCAGCUCCGAUAUACCGGAUUCAACGCUGGUACGUUAAGUUUGAACAGCUCGAUGAGGCGAAAGACUUCGAUGAGGUAGCAGCGAGGUUCCAAAACUUCCUCUCACAGACACACCCCAAAAGGCAUUCAGAAGAUGCAUAUCUCUAUUCUUCACUGGAUUGCCUGAACCUUGCUGUGACCAGAAUUGAGACCACCGACGCGGGCAGCUACUUCAACCCCAUCAUGCCUGGACUGCGGCCAGAAUGUAUGGUUCCUGGUGCCAUACAGAGUUCUAUUGAAAUCGUGGAUGGGGUUGGAUUGUUUGAGAUCGAAAAACACAUGGCUGAACUGCAAAACGACCAGGCACCAGGCAAGAUAUCAGCCUUCAAAAGAUGUAUCUUUCUCUCAAAGGAGAAGGCAUUCCACUUUGCGAGGUAUUUGAUUGAUGCAUUCUUGGAUCGGGCGACCGAACUUUCGUACAUCCAUCUCCUUCAUUGCGGCGGCCAAGUCUGUUCUAUACCAUCAGAUAUCACUGCCUUUGGAUGUCGGGAAUGGGAGUAUGCAUGUGUAAUUACUGGCGUAUGGCCCCGUGAAGAAGAUGGGACAUAUGUGGAGCAAGCCGCCAAAGCUUGGGUCUAUCGGACCGCCGAAGGGAUGUUACCAGGGUGCCAUGGAGUCUACAGUACAGACCUUGGUCCUGAUCCUCUAGAUAUCACGCUGGCUCAAAAGGCCUUUGGCUCAAAUAUGCGUCGUCUCACCCGCUUGAAGACCACGCUGGACCCUCAUAACGUUUUAUCCUGCGGGUUCACAUUUCGACCCGAGCUCCUUAGACAACAAACCAUUUUCAUGGUCACAGGUGAUAACUUCGUUGGGAAGGAUUACUGUGCAGGAGUCUGGAGCUCAGUCCUGAAGAAACUCAGUCACUGCAGUCUCGAGGUUAGGAUAGUCAGUAUCAGUGAGGCCACGAAGCAAGAGUAUGCGGCUGCUACUGGUGCCGACCCAUUCCGGCUUAAUGAAGACCGUGACUACAAAGAGAAGCAUCGGCAAGCACUUACGACAUUUUUCCAUAAUCAAUUGCAAACUCGCCCUCGGCUACAUGAAGAGCAUUUUCUCAAGGUGGUCAAUGACGCCCAAGAUGCAGAUGUGCUCUUCAUCACCGGAAUCAGAGAGGAGGCUCCAGUUACAGCAUACGCACAUCUUGUACCCGACAAAAAGCUGCUGGAUAUUCGCGUCGAAGUCAGUCACUGGACCCGUCAGACCAGGAGAGGACACCGCGAAAGCCAAAUCAACGAAGAUUCUCAAUCGGCGACCCCAACUUACUGUUCGAGUAUGACCUUCCGGAAUGACAGGCAUACCGAUUCCCCUAUCAAAGCAUUUGGGAAAUAUCAUCUGUUUCCAUUUGUCUCUGACGGCCAUAGGUCGUUACGAAAUGUGGUAUACUCAGUUCCCGACUUCCCGCGCUCAGGGGUAAACUUCCGCCAUGUGCUGAAUAUCAACCAGGUGGCGGGUGGCAUAUCCCUCUGUGCCAGUAUCCUUACUCUAUGUUACCCAGGUAACUGGAAUAAAGUGGAUGCAAUUGUAUGCUGCCAAUCAGGCGGCUAUCUUUUUGCCCCAGAACUGGCCGCAGAUGUUGGUAUACCCCUGGUACCAAUUCGCGAGGCUGGAAAGCUCCCACCACCGACAAUUUCAGUGAGAAAAUGGUGCUCGCACAUCUCCUCGUCAACCAGUGGCUCUCCAGAGAAACGAAUUGAAAUUGGUCGAGGCGUCAUCGCCAGGGGAAGCUAUGUGGUAGUUGUGGAUGAUGUCUUUGCGUCGGGUAGAACCCUGUGUGAUAUUCUCACAUUGCUGCAGAAAGCUGAAAUCAGUAUCGACGAUAUCACUGUCAUGGUGGUAGCUGAGUUUCCUGUUCAUCGUGGUCGUCAGCGACUGCGUGAUAAUGGGUUCGGCAGGGUGAAUGUCCAGAGCCUGCUAGUUUUUGAUGGAGAGUAA